GAGCCGGGGGAGGUGGUGGAUGGAGAGGAGCCGGGGGAGGUGGUGGAUGGAGGAGUAGACCGUGGAGAGGAGGAUCAGCAGCACCAAGACGAGGAGGAGGCUCAGGAAAUCCUAACGUUGGGUCUCACAGAGGUGUUGACUGCUGAUUUGGAGAAACAAGCUGCUGAGCUGCAGGAGGAGGAGCUUCCUGUUGCCACGCCCAUCAUCAACAUUCCUCAUAUCAGUGUGAGGCUGUAUAACUACGAGCCGAUGACUCCUCUGCGGACGUUGCGAGCCAGCGUGUUCGGCCGGCUGGUUUCUGUGAAGGGAACUGUGGUCAGAGUGAGCAACAUCAGACCUCUGUGCACCAGGAUGGCCUUCAGGUGCCAGAGCUGCAGCCAUACGCUGUCUCUAACGCUGCAGCAUGGAAAAUACGCUACGCCCACCAAAUGCGUCCAGCCUGGAUGUCGCAGUCGUUCCUUCACCCCCGUCCGCAGUUCUCCCCUCACACAGACUGUGGACUGGCAGAUCAUCAAGGUGCAGGAGCUGAUGGGAGGAGAGCAAAGAGAGACGGGACGAAUCCCGCGCACCGUGGAGUGUCACCUGACCUCUGACCUCUGUGACAGCUGCGUCCCAGGAGACACGGUCACUGUGACGGGGAUAGUCCGAGUCAUCAACGACGGCACGUCCAGAGGAAACAAAGAUCAGUGUAUGUUUCUUCUCUACAUCGACGCCACGUCAGUCAGCAACACUAAAGGCCAGCUGUCCAAGUCUGGAGGUGAAGGUGGGUCACUGGAAGAGCGCUCAGCAGGAGAGGAGUUCAGUCUGAAGGAGCUUUAUGCUGUGCAGGAGAUCCAGUCACAGCCGGACCUGUUUCCACUCAUUGUGCACUCUUUAUGUCCUGCCAUCUACGGACAUCUGCUGGUGAAGGCCGCCCUCGCUCUGGCUUUGUUUGGAGGCAGACAGAAACACACGGGCAAGAACUGCGUCCCAGUGAGGGGAGACCCCCACAUCCUGAUAGUGGGAGACCCUGGCCUGGGAAAGAGCCAGAUGUUACAGGCAGUGUGUAACGUGGCCCCCAGAGGAAUCUAUGUCUGUGGGAACAGCACCAGCACCACAGGACUAACGGUGAGUUUGUCUCGAGACGCGGGGACGGGGGAUUACGCUCUGGAGGCCGGUGCCUUGGUGUUGGCUGACCAAGGUCUGUGCUGCAUUGAUGAGUUUGAUAAGUUGGGGAACCAGCAGCAGGCUCUGUUAGAAGCUAUGGAGCAGCAGUCUGUGAGUUUGGCUAAAGCCGGCAUCGUUUCCUCCCUGCCUGCCAGAACAUCUGUCGUUGCUGCUGCAAACCCCAUCGGGGGACACUACAACAGAGGCAAGACGGUCUCAGAAAACCUGAAGAUGAGUUCAGCUCUGCUGUCCAGGUUUGAUGUGGUGUUCCUCCUCCUGGACAUCCCAGACGAGUCACAUGACCGCCGUCUGUCGGAGCACGUCAUGGCAAACAGGGCAGGGAAAGGCAGGACCAGCAGUGCCACAGUCACCAGGACCAGCUCGGACUCAGAGACCUCCAUCCUGCUGCAGCACUCGGCCCUGCCUCUGUCAGAACGUCUGCAGGUCCCUGCAGGUCAGUCUUUGGACCUGGUUCCAGCCUGCUUGUUGAGGAAGUACAUCAGCUACGCUCGGCAGUACGUGCGGCCCGUCCUCUCUGCUGAAGCAGCACAAACCCUGCAGGACUUCUACCUGUCUCUGAGAGCUCAGGCUCAUUCUGCUGAUGCCACGCCCAUCACCACACGCCAGCUGGAGUCUUUAAUCAGACUCACUGAGGCGAGAGCCAAGCUGGAGCUCAGAGAAACAGCUACAAAGAGUGAUGCUGAGGAUGUGGUGGAAAUCAUGAAACACAGUCUGGCCGACACAUACUCGGAUGGUCUGGGAAAUCUGGACUUCGAGCGCUCUCAGCUGGGGUCGGGCAUGAGUCAGCGCAGCGCUGCGAAGCGACUGGUCAACGCCCUGCACGCCCACGCUCAGAGGACCAAUCAGAGGCAGUUUGAUCUGCAGACGCUUCGAUCCAUCGCUGACAGAGUGAACAUAAAGGUGGUGGACUUUCAGGGUCUCUUGAGUUCCCUGAACGAACAGGGUUUCCUGCUGAAGAAAGGGCCCAAGAUGUACCAGCUGCAGACCAUCUAAACACUGACAUCUGCAACUGUUGGAGGCUGGUUGGUGACACAAAUUACAAGAAAAUCAUCAGUCUUUAUGUGUUCACGGCUCAUGUGGCACUUGUUUUCAGAGUUUAAAAAAGCAUGAGUCAAAUAUAGUUUGUUCCAUUUCAAAAGCAACGUUUUAAAACUGAAACUGUAGCAAAGUGAAUGAACCAUUUAACCUUGUGUUGUGACAAAUUUAUCUUUUAUUGAAACUGUAAAAUUUCAGUCUUUAGUCAGUAAGAGUUUACCAUUGAAAUGUUUUAAAUCCAGUGAAAAAGGAUGUUUAUCAUCAUUAUUGUUGCUUUUAGUACUAGUAAGAAACACAACUGUUAUUUUGUGUUGAAAAGCUGCCAAUAUCUUGUUUUCAAGCUAAUUUGAAGAUUGUAUUUGUAUAAAGUGUACAUGUUUACAUCAAAUAAAAUAAAACAAAAAUAUUUUCCUAUA